AAUCCAUAUACGCUAAUUACCCACUCGUGCAAUCCCAAUUGCUUCUUUUGUUUGAACUAAUUCAUUCAACUUUAUUCGUUCAAGAUGAAUAGAAUCUCAGACCUUCUAAUGUCUGACGCCCUAAUAAACCCUCUACUCGACGGCGGCUACCUCCCGCACCCCCUAAUCCGUCUCGGAAUUCGGCGUCAACUCGCCGACCGCUUGCAAUCUAUCUCCUCUACCUCACUGGAAGCAGCCUACGAGUCGAAAAUGAAGUAUGUCCAACUCUUGCGCACGCGACCCAUUGCUGUUGAAACUGCUGCUGCGAACGAACAGCAUUAUGAAGUAGGAACGGGAGUUUUGCAAGGCUGUCUUGGACCGAGGAUGAAGUAUUCGAGUUGCUUGUAUGAAAAGGGAGGUGAGACGUUGGCACAGGCGGAAGUGGCUAUGUUGAGGCUGUAUGUGGAGAGGGCAGAGUUGAGGGAUGGCAUGAAGGUUCUUGAUCUUGGUUGCGGCUGGGGUUCCUCUGCUCUCUUUUUCGCUGAACUGUUCCCCCACUCCACCAUCACAGCCUUCUCCAACUCCCGCACGCAAAAAGCCUAUAUCGACUCCGUCGCCCACUCCAAAGGCCUCACCAACCUUACCGUCAUCACAGGCAACGUCGUAGACUACGAGUUCCCACUCGCAAGCUUCGACCGUGUAGUCUCCAUUGAGCUCUUUGAACACAUGAAAAACUACUCUCUCCUCCUCGCCAAAAUCUCGCGCGCCCUCAUCCCAGGUGGAAAACUCUUCGUGCACAUCUUCAACCACAGAUCUACGCCAUAUGAUUUCGAGUCUGGGUGGAUGACGGAACAUUUCUUUACGGGAGGGACGAUGCCUUCUGCGGACUUACUGCUGUAUUUUCAGGAGGAUUUAACGAUAGAGAGGCAGUGGUGGGUCAAUGGGAAGCAUUAUGCGAAAACGUGUGAGGAUUGGCUGGUGAAGAUGAUAGGGUGUAAGAAGGAGAUUUGGCCGCACUUGGAGGAAACGUAUGGAAAGGAGGGAGUAGGGGUUUGGUGGAAUCGCUGGCAGAUUUUUUAUAUGGCGUGUGCGGAGUUGUUUGCGUAUGAGGGUGGGGAUACUUGGGGAGUCAGUCAUUAUUUGUUUCAGAAGCCAGAAUGAGGGCGCAGGCUGCAGAUCUGGCGUGUACUGUGUAUGUAGCGG